GAGACUCAAGGUCUGUAGAGUCCUUGCUUGUAAAGAGUGGUUUAACUCGAUCAGUGUCUACCACAAACCAUAUGGACCUUUAAGGUGUGUCAAGUGACCUGUGUCAGCCAGCAUCUUGAACCAGUGCCAUUGCAUCUUUGAUUUCAAGCGCAGACCAAUUUGGGUCCAACCUUCCACAACGUUUGCCAUUGACAAUUGGCUUUAAUAGGCCAGGCAUGAAUUUCACGGAGGACGAUUUGGACUGCCCAACCUUUUCGGAGGAGGAUGAAAAUACUAUCGAAUUUUUCUCCUUUUGGGUGGAAGGUGUGGCUAACGUGGUCAUGGCAGCCCUGGGUCUGGUGGCCAAUACGGUGUCAUCCCUAAUCUUAUGCAAAGAAGACAUGAGGAAUUCCUUCAAUUUCCUCUUGAUCGCCCUAUUCUUCAUGGACUCGUGCUAUCUGGUGGGAUCUAUCACCGAGGCCAUUCGCAAGAGCUUCAACGCAGCCACCAGUCUACACCUCUACAUGUUCCCUUACUUUCUGUACCCGUGUCUCUCCAUCGCCAUGACCUGCUCCGUGUUUAUGACCGUGGCUGUGGCCUUAGAGCGCUAUAUUGCUGUACAUUACCCCAUAGACUACAGUCAGGCCAUCAAUAGUCCCGAGGCAUGCCGACGACGCCUAUUCAAGUACGUGAUCCCCGUCGUGAUCAUGGCCGUGUUCGUGAACGCCCCCAAGUUCUUCGAGUCCACGGUGGGGGAACACGCCAUCCUGACCCAUCCCAAUACCUCGAUGCUGCAAAUUGGGAACGGAUCGGUGCCCAUUCAGGUGUCGGACGCGGACAUUACCUAUAUCAAGCGGAUCGAGGUCACGGACUUGAGGAAAGAUCCCACUUACACGAUCUACUACAAUAACUGGACACGACUCAUGCUCAUUGGCAUCGUUCCGUUCAUCUUACUCAUCUACUUCAAUUACAAGAUCUACCAAGAUGUCAAGCAUCGCAAUCGCAGACAAAUGUCCAUGUCCAGACAUUCGGCCACCGCCACUCAACAGGCUCGCCGUCGACAGGAGGACAACCUGGCUAUCGUUUUCAUGGGCAUUGUCCUCGUGUUCUUGAUCUGUCAUUCGCCCAGAUUGAUCUUGAGCAUGCAUGAGAUGAUGAUUAUACAUGAUGCUAUGAAAUGCCAAGCCCAAAGGCUCCAUCCUUUCCACGCUUGGACCCUCAUCACCAUGUGUGUUAGCCAUCUGCUCCUUGUGAUCAACUCUUCAAUCAAUAUGAUACUCUACAUCUUUUUGAACGAGUCUUUUCGCCGACAUUUCGUGGGCAUGGUCCGAAGUGUGGGAGGAUUGGCUCACUGUUUCAUGCGAAAUCCGGAGGAGGACAUCAGGAUCCGUCAUCUUGGAAAUGGCCACGAGACUGCGUCGAACAAUGGAAUUGAGAAAGAUAAUGGUCACACUGAAAUCAUCUUCCAGGAAGCAACCGCUUAAACCAGUUUCGUCUCAAACAAGCCCUGAGCAGGAUUGCCAUGAGGGAGCGCCUUGGGCCAACCGUGCAAGCCAAACUGCUCGAGAGCGUAUGUCACGAAGUGAUAUUUGAAUGCCAACUCGGGUUGCCCAACUCAUCCAUCGAUUGCACUCCCAGAGCUUCGCCGAAAAGCAGACAACUGAAAGGGAAUCUGAGUAAAUGGAUUUUGAUGUACCAUAUAGUUUACACGUUCAUCUGAAUAUCUUUGUAUCCAGAAUGAGAAAAUCUGCUCUUGAUUGUCAAAAACAAUUUUCAACCUUUCAUCUAUAUCUAGCGAGUAAACAUAAAACAAAGGCCGCUGUCGAGAGACCAAAAAUAAGUAGACACUAACGAAACAAAUGUUGAGAUGACGAGAAAUAAGUGUGUAAUCAAUUGAUUUUGUUUUUAUUUCAUCUGUUUGAAUGAGUGAGUGUGUUGCUCAAAUUGUUCGAUGAAAUCUAGUUUGUUUUUGUAAAUCAACAGAUUUUCAUCGCUAACAUUCAAAUGUAAUUUGAGAAAACGGAAUAAAUACUAUUUUUAGAUUGUAA